AUGACAAAUAACUUCAGUAAGGAGAACUUAAUUGGGAAUUUUCAGUUUGGAAAUCUUUAUCGUGGCUUUCUUGAGAAUCAACACUUCACAAUAAAGAUAUGGGAUCCACCAAAUUUAAUAUUUGGUCAUCUCCAAUAUCAUGAAUGCAGACUUAUGGAUGAACUCAUUAUGCUUCGUCAUCAGAGGAUUGUGAAUCGAUGCAUUGCCAGCUUGUACGGAUAUUGUUGUGACAAAGAACAUAUUGCUGUUGUUUAUAACCUGAAGACCAUGGAUUCACUGCAUAACCUUUUAUUGAAAGAGGAUUUUUCAUGGCUACAAAGGAUUCAAGCUGCCUUUGCAUUUGCCUGCCUCCUCAAGUUCUUCCAAGCUAGACGGGGAGAUCUUGACCCAUUUUUGAUUUGCAAUUUGUCUGCAGAACAUGUGAUGUUGGAUGAGGAAUACAACCCAACGUUGGUUGAUUUCAGCAUGAUAACAGCAAUGAGGACAAAAAAAAGUGAUAUCUUUGCAUUUGGUGUUAUGCUCCUAAGCCUCAUAACGAAAAGAUUGACCAUAAGAAACGUGAAUAGGGAGAAUGGUACAUGUUCGGAUGAUCCUUUUCUAGAAGAUUGGGCAUACGAAGAAUAUAUGGGUGGAAAAUCAUUUGUCCACCCUAGUUUCCAGGAAAAUCGAGGCUUCUAUGUUGGAGACGGGUGCAAGCUAUCAAAGUUGGCUUUGAGUUGUUCAUCUCAUUCUCGUGAAGAUCGACCGACUAUAAAGAAAGUUGUCAAGAGUUUUUUAGAACUGCAAGUUUUCAAGAAAAGUAGACAACUUGAAGAUGAACCGGCUAUGAAUGAAGUUGUUAACAGUUUUUUCAAAUUGCAAGUUUUCAAGAAAAGUAAACAACUCUUAAGUGUGGACCCUUCAGUUUCUCUUGAUACGAGGGAAAGGAAGAAAGCCUUGCAUGACACCGAAUCAGAUUCUUUCAGUUGGAAGGUGUUCAAGGAUAACCAUAAAUGUACUAUCGAAGACUUGAAGGAUUACACUAACAAUUUCAGUCAAGACAACUACAUUGGAAGGUUUCAGUUCGGAAAACUUUUUCGUGGAGUUAAGAGAUAUAGUAUAAGGGAUACAAGGGAUACUGUAUACAUGAUUGUGAAGAUAUGGGACGUUGAUCAAGAUAAUUUACUGAGACUUGGGGAUGAAAUGUUACUUCUUAAUCAUGAAAAGUAUGUUUGUCAUCCUGCAAUGCUUAGGAUGUUUGGUUAUUGUAUUGAAGAUGAACAUGUUGCUAUUGUAUUACAAUGUAAGUCUUUGUCCAUGGAUUCCAUUAGUAAUCUCCUGCCUAGAGAUGAUUUUACAUGGCUAGAUAGGAUUAAAGCUGCACGUGGAGUGGCUUCCCUCCUCAACUUUCUACAUGAUGCAUCGUAUCACAUGGAUCCUUUCAUUAUACGUAAUCUGAAUACAGCUCAUAUAAUGUUAGACAAGAAAUACAAUCCAAUGUUGGUUGAUUUUGGCUUAAUAACGGGUGGGAUUUUUCCAAAUCGGCAAAUAGAUAUGGUUAGAGCAUGUUUGGGAUGUCAAGAUGAAGUGAAAUUAGCCAUUGACAAAAGUGGUAGUUGGACUACAAAGAGCGACGUGUAUUCUUUUGGAGUAUUUCUUUUACGUUUGAUAUCUGAAUGUAAUAUAAAGGAUCCAAAUAGGCUGUCAUUGGUUUUCAAUGAUAGAUGGUGGUGUAUUUGGAAAGGCACGGAGAAUGUACUCAUUCACGAGAGUUUGCAAAAAGAUCCAACCUAUGACGAUAAUGAUGGGCAAGAAAUUAAGAGGCUCGUUAUAUGGUGUGUGCAAACUAAUCCAACUUAUAGGCCUUCCAUGCCUGAAGUAUUAGACGUAUUUCAGAAACUUAAAGUUGAACAGUCACUCAGACUUUAUAAAGGUAGAAAAGAUGUUUUAGGAUAA